AUGGCGACGCUCGCUGUGGAGGAUUUCCCGCAGAUGUGGCAGCGGCCGAGCUACGAAGAGCUCUUUGCCAUUCUCCAAAGCCUGGAACUCAGCCCGCCCGUGUGGAACCACAGACAGAAACAGUCGGACAUUCUUGCGCAUCAAGAGUCACUCGCUACCCAGCGCAAGGCUGAGGUGACACGCUACAUAUCGUCUGUCAUCAAGAGCCCCCUCGCAUGGAUCGACGACUACGACAAGCAAGAGGCGCUUUGGGAGCUGGCGAGCAAGCGCAUGUCCGAGAGAUGCGGCAGGACGGCCAUGGGCGAAGUCACGAGGCGGUGGCCGUUUGACGGAGACGGAGUUGCGUGCGAGCCGUUCGAGCUGAUCAUCAAAGAGCCGGCUCUGACGGGUGACUCACUUGGCUUCAAGACUUGGGGCUCUUCGUACCUCUUUGAUGAGACUCUUGGUCAGCCGCCUCCUACUGUUCUGGAACUCGGAUCGGGGACUGGGUUGCUGGGUGUUGCUGCUGCGGCUCUGUGGCAGACGCAUGUCAUUCUCAGCGACUUGCCCAACAUUGUUCCCAAUCUCAAGGACAAUACGGAGAAGAAUAAGAGCUUGGUUGAGUCCCGAGGAGGAUCCAUGUCGGUUGGGCCGCUUACUUGGGGCGGAGAAGAAGACGAGAUCGAUCAAGACCUCUUUGGUGAACCCUUUCAGUUCAAGCUCGUUCUCGCUGCUGAUCCCUUGUACGACGAUGAUCACCCGGCACUUCUCUCUUCAGCAAUCUGCCAGAAUCUCGCUCUUGGCUCGGAAUCCAGGGCGGUGGUCAUGGUGCCUAUGAGGGACAACAUCACGCGGACUCUUUUAGAAGCUUUCAAACAGGCCAUGUUGGAUCUCGAGACCCCGCUGUUCUGCGAAGAGGAGAGUGAGCUCGCUGGUGAAGAUGAUUGGGGCGACGAUGAAGAAGAGGGCCAGGUCAAGUGCUGGCUGGGAAUAUUUUCGCGUGGGGGGUCACCUCUGACGACGUGA